AUAAAUUCUUGCUUCUCCUGUAUCAGUAAUCAGUUGCUAGAAUUGCCUGACGGGUCCAAAAAGAUACGGUUUUAUAAUAUAGGAAUCACAUUUCAACCGAUAGUCAGUCUCUGACUGCCAGUAGAGCUGUGUAACUACAACAAUUCUACUGAGUACUAGAACAUCAAUCUGAACAAAAUAUUUUGCACAAGCUAUCGAUCAUGAUCAGCUGAUUGGUGGAUAAAACUGUGUAGAAUAUAGUGCGAAGUAGAAACGAAUGGGGACAGGUCGAACAGUUCAGUGAGUCGGUAACUCAGCUGAGUGGAGAAUCUGGCAGUGUUUCGCCACGCAUGCGUUGAAUGUGUACGGACGUUUUUACUAGUGACGCGCAGACGUACUUCCGUUAAUGAUUGCAGGUUAUACGUGUUCUUGGAACACGUAACAGAAGGCACACAAGACUUCAGUACUUUAACGUUGCAAAUGUCAUUGUAAAUACACAAAUUCCCUGUGAUUAGCAGAUAUUCAUUUGUAACGAUACAUUCCUUGUGGACGAUUCAGGCUGCAUCUCUAUCUUUUAUACGAAGUGCCUUUAACCUCGAUAGCAUACCUUUCUGCAUGUUGCUAAUAUCUGCUGGUCUUAGAAGGAAAAGAAAUGUAUAUAUUGAAAUUUGACCGGAUUGUUGGAUAGUUCUGUAUGUAUUUAAAAAACUUUACGAGGAUAGUGAGAAUCUUUUACUACAUUCAUACGGUACCGUCGAGUGAAAUUUUUUGUGCGAACACAAGUAAAACGUUUUGUUGAAAUAAUUGCCUUUCGAAUGGUUGCAAUUACAUUGUUAAGCGAUUACAGUUGCCGGGAAAAGAGCUGAUGAUCGGAAGAAUUCCUACAUUAAACGUAAAUCGGGCGAGCUAUGUGAUGCUAGUGUUCUAUUAAAAUAAUCAUUGACGGAAGCAAAUUAAAUGAUAAUUUUGUGUUCCUAAGGAGUUAUUUAAACGGAGACAUAAAGAAGAAAUAAAUACAAGAUGACGUUGACCCAACGAUUCAGCAACAGGCGUCUUCUUGUCGAUGGUCUGGCUUUGAUGUUCGGAGUCGGUGCUUGGAUGGGUGUUAACGGCAUUUAUGUACAACUACCCUUAUUGGUAAAUACGGCUCCGGAGGGAUGGAGUCUACCUGCGUAUAUGGUGAUGCUGGUUCAAGUUGCCAAUUUGGGUCCGGUUUUGUACUCUUUGUAUGCCAAGUAUGCAGCGGCACCACAAGAUAGCCUUAUAAUUUACACACUGCUGGGAGCAUCCACAAUAGCAACAUUUACACUGGCCUUUAUUUAUCAGAAGACAUCAAUGAUAUUCAAUGCGGAAUACUCAACAGCUCUUCUGGGUCUAAUGUUUGUUACGGCAGUUGUUGGCUGUACUAGCUCCGUUUUAUUCAUGCCCUUCAUGCGUAACUAUCGUGAAAUUUACCUCGUAUCCUAUCUAGUAGGAGAAGGUCUUAGUGGUUUUCUGCCAAGCGUCGUAGCUCUAAUACAAGGAGUAGGAGGAAACCCAGAAUGCAUAAACUCUACCUCACCAGAUUCAGAUGUAAUCGAAAUCACUACAUAUUAUCCCGAACCAAGAUUUUCAACGCAAGCUUUCUUUAUAUUUCUCAGUAUUGUAUUAUUCAUGAGUUUCACCUCAUUCAUAGCUUUGACAAAAACUUCCAUGGCUCGGAGAGAGCUAGUUAAGCCUCCUGGAAGUACUGAAACACUACCUACAGAUACAAGUGCGUUACCAACCUAUAAGACUUCAUCGGGCUGGACUAUGGCCAUGAGAACUUAUGUCUACCUCUUAAUUAUGAUGUCUAUCGUUAGCUGUUUAGGUAAUGCCGCUCUUGCCAGUAUACAAUCUUAUUCAUGUUUGCCAUAUGGAAAUGUAGUGUAUCAUUUAACUGUAACUCUAGGAUCAAUGGCAGGUCCGUUGGCUAUGUGUUUAGGUUUUGUCAUCAAGAACCCAAAAAUUCAUGUACUUAGUUGGCUAACAGUGCUGAUACUAGCACUUUCAGCUUACUUAUUUUAUUUAGCUCUGCAAUCUCCAUCGCCACCAUUUCAAAAUACUUGGUAUGGUGAAUUUCUAGUUGUAAUAUCCUGGAUAUUAGUUAAUGGUUUGAUAGGAUUUGUCAAAAUGGGUAUCACUACACUUUUUAGACCAGACCCUGGUAGAGGUCUUUUUUACACUGGUGUAGCUACACAAAUAGGUUCAGUCUGCGGUGCAAUUACUACUUUCGUUAUGGUCAAUAUUUUAAACAUGUUCCAAUCCUAUUCUCCAUGUGUAUGAUAUUAGGAAAUCCUUUAAAAUUAUGUAGCUAGUGUAAUAUUAAUAAUUUGUGAUGAUGGUAUCGCAAGCCAUGUUGUGAUAUUGUCAGAGAAAAGGAAAAUUCUUUUGGUACAAGAGCUUUAAUUUUAAUGAAUAUGUUCUUAAAAUUAUAGAUACCAAUAGGUCUCUUGUCAACCAUUGGGAUUAGCGGCGUGGCACUGCUGCUCUUUUAUUCAUCAUAAUUUGACAAACGUUCACUUCAUGACAAUUGUGAAUAGUCGUAUCAAUUUAAAGUCGCUUGACAGUGUCAAGAGUGCAAUCAGUAGUCUCGUUCGUGUGCUCUUAAUCACUUCAGUUCAAUGACGUCCAUAGGGAUCAAUUUGCUAUUUUUACUUAACAUCCAUUCCAACGAAUAGUGCAGAUUUAUUGCGACUGUAUUACGGAUUAAAAUUGAAAAAUUGA